GAGAUACCUUGGCAGAAAACACAGACAGCUGCAUCAGAAGAGAGGACAAAGUUGCAUUUAGGAUUUCGAAUUACAAACUACGGCAUCAAAAAUCUAUUUAGCAAAGCACCUGCUGGAGAAAUACAGCAACGGAGUGAUAGCAGUGGGGAGCAGUAAACAGUAAAUUGGGACUACUGAAGAGCUGCAGAGACUUUUUAGUUGUGUAAGGCCUUAAAAUGUCUUCCAACAUCUAUGAAGACCCAAAUUUGAAUAUGAAUGUGAGAUACUGCAAAGGAGUCAGAGAGGACGGUGGUGAGAAAGUGGAGAGAGUGGUCGACAUCUACGAGGGUGCAGCCACUUUCACAGACCAUCGAGGGGAUCUUUCGACGCACGAUGGAGUAGGAGCACACGCUCAAACGCAUCUUCCAGCUGUCCACAGAAACCCAUUCGGAGCUGCUGCACUGGUUCUGGGCCUACUGUGUCUCCUGCUAGUAGGAGGAGUCACUGUCCUGUACAAACUCUAUAUUUCCAUCAUUUUGGAAAACAAGCAGCUCCACAUUUAUAAGGCCAGUUAUGAAAACCUGAGCAACAGUUACUGCCAGUUACAGGAAAAAGAAAGCCAGACACGGAGGAACAUCACAGAAUGGAAGAGAUUUCGAUGUAGUUGUUACUACAAAUCCACUGAGAUGAAAAACUGGACCGACAGCAGGAGAGACUGUCAGAACAGAGGAGCAGAUCUGGUGAUAAUAAACAACAAAGAGGAACAGGAAUUUGUCAGCGAGCUGAAUGAACAUGGAGCUUCCUGGAUCGGUCUGCAGUCAGUGAAAACAAAGCAUUGGGAAUGGAAAUGGGAAUGGGUGGACACAUCAAGACCAACGUAUCUGGCCUGGCAGGUAGACGUGAAUGUAAAUCCUGUGGACGGGUUAACAGCAUAUAUUAAUCUGCAGGGAACAUGGACACACACCAACAAUGGAUCCAAUCGAUGGAUCUGUGAGAAACCUAUCUACUGAGAGUUUCCUGGUGACAUUGCAGGCCAACAUGUGUGCCAUGUAACUGUGAUGUAAUGGGUUCGAAUCUUGCCAUUGACCUUUGUUAAUUUCUCUCUCUCUUUUCCCAUAAUUCUUGCUGUCCUCCCUUAAAAACUACAUAAUAAAGGCAAACAUGAGACAGUGAA